UGCAGUUUCGUUCAUGCUUCUUCCUAUAUUCAAUGUGUUAACCUAACCUGAAUUCUUAGGCUCUGGUGAAGUACGGUGAAUUUUAUAAUUGGAAUUCUACCUUAGAAGGCAAUAUGGCUAAAUCACAUGGCACUACUAAAGCCCCGCGAAAGCAGGGCUUUAAUCGUUCAGGGCAUAGUAUGAAUCCUGAACGUCCUACGGAAGGAUUGAAAGGAGUUGCUAAAGUGAGAACAAAAGCAACCAUUAAAAGAUUACAGAUGUAUCGUAAUCAGAAACCAAAACGCAAUCGCGUUGGAGAAAUCAUUAGUCCUGCACCUUUUCAAGGCUGGAACGCCUCAGGAACUAUGUCACGCGUGGAGCCAUCCCGGAGAUGGUUCGGUAAUUCGAGAGUCAUAUCGCAGAAUGCUUUACAAAAAUUCCAAAAUGAAUUGGGAACUGCUGUGAAGGAUCCCUAUAAGGUUGUUAUGAAACCGACUCAAUUGCCUAUAACUUUACUUCAGCAAAAGGCAGCAAAUGCAAGAGUACAUUUGUUAGAUACUGAAAGUUUUGAAAGUGUUUUUGGUCCAAAGAAAGUCAGAAAAAGACCCAAUUUGAUGGUAACAUCUUAUGAUGAAUUGCAAAAAUCAGCCGAGGAGAAGGAAGAUACUUACAGUAAGGAGAAGGAUUCUAAAGAUCAUGAUCUUAUUCGUGAGGAUACUGGUGUAAAAGAUGUACAAAGGGAAUGGAUCAUGGGAGCGGGACAAAGUAAAAGGAUAUGGAAUGAGCUGUACAAAGUCAUUGAUUCCUCAGAUGUUAUUCUAGAAGUAUUGGAUGCAAGGGAUCCGAUGGGGACCAGAUCUCUUCCUGUGGAGAAAUAUCUAAAAACCGAUAAACCAUAUAAACAUCUGAUAUUUAUCUUAAAUAAAGUAGAUCUAGUACCAACGUGGGUCACUCAAAGAUGGAUGGCAAUUCUGAGCAAGGAAUAUCCAACAGUUGCCUUUCAUGCUUCCUUAACCCAUCCCUUUGGCAAAGGUUCUCUGAUAAAUCUGCUAAGGCAGUUUUCAAAAUUGCAUGUUGAUAAAAAACAGAUCAGUGUUGGUUUCAUAGGAUAUCCCAAUACAGGAAAGAGUUCUAUCAUAAAUACUUUACGUUCUAAAAAGGUCUGCAAAGUAGCACCUAUAGCUGGAGAAACAAAGGUAUGGCAAUAUAUAACUCUCAUGCGCCGUAUUUAUCUAAUAGAUUGCCCCGGCGUUGUCUAUCCAUCGACGGAAACCGAUACGGAGAAGGUAUUGAAGGGCGUCGUAAGGGUGGAACUGAUUCAGAACCCGGAAGAUUACAUCGUCUCCGUUCUAGAGAGAGUGAAACCUGAAUAUAUACGUAAAACAUAUAAUAUAGAUAAGUGGAAGGAUCACGUGGAUUUCUUGGAAAAACUGGCUCAUCGAAGUGGCAAGCUUUUGAAGAAAGGAGAACCUGAUAUAGCUAUUGUCGCGCGUAUGGUAUUGAACGAUUGGCAACGCGGUAAAUUGCCAUUUUAUGUUCUACCAGCAGGUUUUGAAGAACCGCUAUCGCAACAAACGACUAAUAACGAGUGUCCAGAUACGAACAUUUGUGAAGAAUCACUGAUGGAACAAACAACUAAUAACGAGCAUUCAGAUGCGGAAAUUAGUGAAGAACCAUUAUCGGAACAAAUAGCUAUUAACGAGCAUUCUGAUACGGAAAUUCAUGAAAAAGCAUUAUCAAAACAAACGACUAAUAAUGAACAUUCGGAUACAGAAAUUCGUAAAGAAUCACUAUCAGAACAAACGAUUAACAAUGAGAAUUCAGAUACGAAAAUUCAUGAAGAACUGUUAUCAGAACAAGCAACUAAUAGCGAGCAUUCAGAUAUAGAAAUUCGUUUACCUGUCGAACAGGACAACCUGAAACAGAAUGCGUUCGACAUUCUAGAUAAUAAAUAUGAUUCUAGCGACAGUGAAAUGACUUCCAAGGUGCCUUCAAACAGCAAUACCUUUACUACCUCGUCCUCUGUUAAAAAAGUAACAGAAAAAUUAACGAGUAGACAGCGAAGAGCCAUCGAACGUGCGAAUAAGAGGAAAAAGAUAGGAAGCAAUUUCUAUGAAGUGACAAAUGUGAAAAACAGAAAUAGAAAUAGGAAAGUUCCCAAGGUCAAGAGAGAGCGAUAAGUCGAUUCUAGAAUAAAUUAAAUCGAUUUCUUCAAGUAUGUAUA